AUGCAGGCUGCAGACGAAGGUGGCAGUGCGACCAAGUUAGCCCUGGGGGCCCUGACAGCCCGAGUGGUCAGCGCGGCCCCGGCGGCCCCCGCGGCCCCAACAGCCAGGGUGGUCCUGGCGGCCCCAGUGGCCGGGGUGGCUCUGGCCUCCCUGAUGGCCAGGGUGGCCCUGGUGGCCCAGGCAGCCCUGGAGGCGAGGGGACGCACACUCACCGUGCCUUUCCGGUCCCCCCUGGAGGCAGAGAUGGCCCACAGGGCCAUGGCCCCAGAUGCCCAACCCCACCGGCAGGUGGUUCAAAAGGAGUUCACAGUGAACGGCAGCGUCCUGGCUGUGUGGACUGCUGAAGACCCAGGCCUCCUCCAAAUUUCCAUCAACUCCUUCCUGGACCAGCUUUCCCUGGUGAUGCGGAACAUUCGGCGCAUUGGGGCCAUCUUUCCCCUAAGUCUUGGCCGGGGAAAAGGAGGCUGA